CUCUCUGCUGCACACCCCCCACCAGGCGGGGAUGCUUCCGUUGCCAUGGUGACCCGGUGCCCAGUCUGGGGACACCCUGUCCUGUCCCUCAACUCCCAGCGACUGAGCCUAUUGCUACUGCUCCUGCUGCUGCCUGGCCCCCCACCCGCCCUUGGCAUGGAGGAUGACGCCUCCUUCCCCCACCUGGGGGAGAGCUCCCAGCCCCCACCCCGGGCCUGCCCCCCACGCUGCUCCUGCCCCCGGCCCGACACGGUGGACUGCGACGGCCUGGACCUCCAGGUGUUCCCGGACAACAUCACCAGGGCUGCUCAGCACCUCUCGCUGCAGAACAACCAGCUCCAGGAGCUCCCCUACAACGAGCUGUCACGGCUCAGCGGGCUGCGGACCCUCAACCUCCACAACAACCUCAUCUCCUCUGAGGGCCUGCCCGACGAGGCCUUCGAGUCGCUCACACAGCUGCAGCACAUCUAUGUGGCCCACAACAAGCUCUCUGUGGCCCCCCAGUUUCUGCCCCGCUCCCUCCGGGUUGCUGAUCUGGCUGCCAACGAAGUGACUGAGAUCUUCCCGCUCACAUUUGGGGAGAAGCCGGCGCUCAGGUCCGUGUACCUCCACAACAACCAGCUGAGCAACGCCGGCCUGCCCCCUGACGCCUUCCGCGGCUCUGAGGCGGUGGCCACCCUCAGUCUCUCCAGCAACCAACUCAGCUACGUGCCGCCCAGCCUGCCACCCUCGCUAGAGCGGCUCCAUCUACAGAACAACCUCAUCUCCAAGGUGCCCCGAGGAGCCCUGAGCCGCCAGACCCACCUCCGUGAGCUUUACCUUCAGCACAACCAGCUGACAGACAGUGGCCUGGAUGCUACCACGUUCAGCAAGCUGCACCGCCUGGAGUACCUGGACCUGUCCCACAACCAGCUGGCUGCGGUGCCCGCUGGCCUGCCCCGCACCCUGGCCGUGCUGCAUCUGGGCCGCAAUCGCAUCCGCUGGGUGGAGGCAGCCCGGCUGGGUGGCCUGAGGGGCCUGCGCUACCUGCUACUGCAGCACAACCAACUGGGGGCCACGGGGCUGCCAGCCGGAGCACUGCGGCCACUGCGGGGCCUACACACGCUGCACCUCUACGGCAACAGGCUGGACCGAGUGCCUCAGGCGCUGCCCCGCCGCCUGCGGGCCCUGGUGCUGCCCCACAACCGUGUGGCCGCGCUGGGCGCCCGUGACCUCGCCUCCACGCCCCGACUGGCCGAGCUCAACCUGGCCUACAACUGCCUGGCCAGCGCCCGCGUGCACCUCCGGGCUUUCCGCCGGCUGCGGGCCCUGCGCAGCCUCGACCUGGCUGGAAACCAGCUAACCCAGCUGCCCUCCGGCCUGCCUGCUGGCCUGCACACACUUCGGCUGGAGCGCAACCAGCUGCGGGUCCUCGAGCCGGAGCCGCUGGCUGGCCUGCACCAGCUUCAGGAGCUCAGUUUGGCACAUAACCGACUGCGUGUGGGUGGCAUUGGGCCUGGCACCUGGCAUGAGCUGCAAGCCCUGCAGGUCAGGGGCAGGCUGGUUGGCCAUACUAUCCACAGGGCAGCUCCUUCACCCCUCUGCCUGCUUGGCCAGCUCCUCCCCUGGAAAGCCUUGAGAUGCUAGAAAGAGAGCCCCCACUGUACGUAGGCAGCCCUGGGAUGCCAUGCCCUCCUCCAGGAGAUCUUUCUGGCCCAGGGAUGGAACCCGGGUCUCCUGCAUUGCAGGCAGAUUCUUACCGUCUGAGCCACCAGGGAAGAAUGGGGUUGGCCCCAAAGUUCAUUAGGCUUUUCCGUAAGAUGCUAUGGCAAAACCCGAAAGAACUUCUGGGUCAACCCAAUACUGUCUUUGUGAGUGAUCGGCUGCAGCAGUGGCCCCCCUGUCUGGGCCCCCGUCACCUAGAAUGAGGCCCGCCCCAGAAGGGACUCAGUUUACCUCUGUGGAGGGCAGGACUUGGCAGCCACAAAGCAGGUGGGGGGAGGGGGCAAAAGAACCAGGCUGGGUGUACAUGAGGGCCCGGGAAGGGAGCAGGUUGGGGCUUGGCUGAACAGGUGGCCCAGGGCCUGGGGCCACCACGGCGCCAUCUCUGCUUGCCUGCCCAGGUG